AUGAGGCGAAUGAGGAGCAUCCGUGACCAAGUCAAAGCUCAGCUCAAGCGAGUGGAGAACAAGCUACGUAGAAAGCCGGUUGUAACAUCCGAGCAAAAGCUCAACGCCCGAAUCGGGACCAUGACUAUGCAAGCACAGGAGCUGCAUGACGAAUGCCACCGCCUGCGAGGCAAAGCAACAGGAUUUACGACCCGCGCAGAGACUACCCAUGCACCGGAGGUGCCGCCGCCCGAGAGAGAGCCUCUCUUCGACCGCAAUAGAGAAAAAGCGCCUCCGACCCAGUACGACACUCAACUUCGUGAUUACGGAACUCUGGUGGCAGAAUGGCACGCGUUCGGAAAGGAGCUCAAGGCUUUUGAUAAAAGGCUGGAUAAAUACGUUGAUACAGUUGAGGCGAUGAAAAAAGACCAUUUGGAUCCUGGAAAGCCUAUGGGCAAGACCGAGCAUGACUUUGACGGCCUUAACAACGCUAUCUUCAACUUGAAGGAGCAGAGGACGGAAUUGGGUAAUGCUGUCAGCGAGGUGCCGCUACCGGGUGCGGAGAAGUGA